AUGUCGUAUAUAGCAAGUCUCGCGGGAGAUAAGCACAGCCAUGCACUACGGAUGACAAAAGCACUAACCCAAGCGAGACCCCCCUCCACACCCCCCCAACAACAACAGUACACCCAGCUAUCACCCGUUCACCCCUCACAUCACACACCUACCUAUCUGCGAGCGAUCCGCAUGCAUCACCAACCCGGAGAUAGCCGCCACACACGCGUUGCUCAACCCCGGACUAUCGACCACAGGGGUGUUAUGUUCGUAGCUGUCACUGAUACAUUGCACGCUCUUGGCGGUGGUGAAGCCGACCUCGGCCUGAGAGGUGAACUGGGGCAAGUCCUGGUUGCGGCAUAUACUAUCUAG